GGACAAAGAGGAUGCAGUGGCCAUAUAUAGUUUGUGCUUUGUUUUUAACGGGAAAAAAAAAACAUAAGAAAAAUAAGAAAAGGCGAUGGUCAAAGAGGUGGAGACGACGCGAGCAUGGACUAUACUUGCUAUAUCAUGAUAUGGAGAUAAGUUGUUGUUUUAUCUCAUAGAAAUGUUGUUACGUACUACACAGAUUAAUAACCGUUGAAAUAAACGUUCAUAUAUUAGUUUCCAUGUACUCUGGUGGACUGCAGUUGUGGAUGUAGUUAUGCCCAUCGACUUUAUUUGUAUUUGUUAUAUUAUAUACGCCGGCUGUUUUGAUUUUGUUUCCCGGUACUAUCACUGCCUCGUCACCUCGCUUUCUGAUUGGCUACACGCCACAGUCCACAGGCUGCGUGAUUGUUUGUCCUCGGGGGACACCACACACGAGAAGAAAUCGGGCAAAAUAAAUCCAACAUGUUGGAUAUCCCCGAUUUGAGAUCGGAGCGGUCCCGACAUUCUUCCGAGCAGAGGAGAUUAGUCUUAACACACCACACACGGCAGGAAUAUUUGAUCAGAUUAUUUUACGAUACUCGGAGCAUCCUAAGAUUGUCGGAAGGGCUGAAUCGGGGCUAAAAUCGGCCCAAUUAUCCUGCCGUGUGAACCAGCCUUAAAACAUAAUAUUUAGCUCGUCUCAAGUUGAAUAUCCAUUUUCAUAUUAUACAUGUGAAUUCACUUGUAAUAGAUUUUAGUUUUGUGUUUUACUCUUAGUUUACUUUAUAUUCUUAACAAAAUAAUUAACAAAUUUAAUAUCGAUAUUUUAUUUGUUUAUUAGUCAAGACAUGAAAAUAAUCAACUGGAAUAUCAGUGCAUUAUAUUAAGUUUAAAAAAAAAUAAUAAUUCUGUUGACAAUAGCCUAAAGUAAUAUGUUUGUUAUUAUUAGAAAUAAAUUAAUAUUGUUACCAAGAAAAUCUAACAUUGUUAGAUAUUAAGUGGGUUUGAUUGGGUGGUCCUUGUUGGAAAAGAGCAAUGAAAAUGGAUCUGUUCUGAACAAUCUCUGCAGCAGAUUCAUCAGUACUUUGUUUCCCAUCAUGCACUGGUGUUUCCUGCUCAGUAGUUGUCACAUGCCAGACAACGAGUUGCUUUAUGGGUCACAUGAAUCUCUGCCGUCUCACUUCCCAUUUCCCCUCCCACAGGAAUAACAGCACAGGCCUGAAGCUCAAGCAGCACAUGGACCCACCUCUUUACAUCAAAAUUGCAGGGAGGAGAUUGUACGCUUGUUUUCACAACAGAAAAGAAAGCUGUAGAGACUUGUUUAUUUCAAGUGAAUGAGUUUUCCAGUGUCUUCGCUGUAGUCUGGAGGUGUUGUAUUUGAAAGGGCAACAAUCUCAGGUUCUCUUUUCUUGCCCUUUGGGUUCUUGCAACUCCCAGUGCGCUUACGCUAACGUGCCUCACUCACUGCCUUAGCAACCCUGAUCUGCCUUACCAGGAUGCGUGAGGACAUGUCGAGCGUGGUGUGUGUGAAGGAGACGGAUGAGCAGGGGGACCCUGGAGAGAAGCUGUCCCAGGACGAGCUGCUAUGUCGGACACGGGAGGUCAUGCAGGGGCUGGAGGCGCUCCAUACAGAACAUCAGGCCAUCCUGGAGGGGCUGAUAGGAACCUUACGCUGCCUCAAACAGAGCCAGGAGGGUCGUGCUGUUGAGGAGAAGACAGCCAUGAUCCAGCGCUCUAUGGAGAUGCUGGAGCUGGGCCUCAGCGAAGCACAGGUGAUGAUGGCUUUGUCAGGGCACCUGAGUGCCGUGGAGGCAGAGAAACAGAAGCUUCGAGCACAGGUGCGUAGGCUGUGUCAGGAGAACCAGUGGCUGAGAGACGAGCUGGCAGGAACCCAGCAGCGGCUGCAGAAGAGUGAGCAGAGCGUGGCCCAGCUGGAGGAGGAGAAGAAACAUCUGGAGUUCAUGAACCAGCUCAAGAAAUAUGACCAGGACCUCAGCCCAUCAGAUGAUAAGGACUCUGAUUCCAGUAGAGAGACACUGGAUGAUCUUUUCCCAGAUGAGCAGGAUGAGCCGGGCCCUGGCAUCCAGCCUCCUCACAGCAGUGCAGCCGCAGCAGCGCAGCAGGGAGGGUACGAGAUCCCCGCUCGUCUCAGGACCCUCCACAACCUGGUGAUCCAGUACGCCUCACAGGGCCGGUAUGAGGUGGCCGUUCCUCUAUGCAAACAGGCUCUGGAGGAUCUGGAGAAAACAUCUGGACACGAUCAUCCUGAUGUAGCCACCAUGCUCAACAUUCUCGCCCUCGUCUACAGGGACCAGAAUAAAUACAAAGAGGCAGCAAACCUCCUUAACGAUGCACUGGCCAUCAGAGAGAAGACCCUGGGCAGAGACCACCCUGCGGUGGCUGCCACAUUGAACAACCUGGCCGUUCUUUAUGGCAAACGAGGGAAGUACAAGGAAGCAGAGCCUCUGUGUAAAAGGGCACUGGAGAUCAGAGAGAAGGUGCUGGGGAAGGACCACCCUGAUGUUGCCAAGCAGCUGAAUAAUCUGGCUUUGCUGUGUCAGAACCAAGGCAAGUAUGAAGAGGUGGAGUACUACUACCAGAGGGCCCUGGAGAUCUACCAGACCAAACUGGGCCCCGACGACCCCAAUGUGGCCAAGACCAAAAACAACCUGGCUUCAUGCUAUCUGAAGCAGGGGAAGUUUAAGCAGGCGGAGACCCUGUAUAAAGAGAUCCUCACCAGAGCUCAUGAGAGAGAGUUUGGCUCUGUAGAUGAUGAAAAUAAACCCAUCUGGAUGCAUGCAGAGGAGAGAGAAGAACAAAGCAAGGGCAAGCAGAAGGAUGGUUCUCCAUUUGGAGAGUAUGGUGGCUGGUACAAGGCCUGUAAAGUCGACAGCCCGACUGUCACGACCACACUGAAGAACCUCGGAGCUCUCUACAGGAGACAGGGCAAGUUUGAGGCUGCCGAGACUCUGGAGGAGGCGGCUCUGCGCUCCAGAAAGCAGGGUCUCGACACGGCACAUAAGCAGCGUGUGGCGGAGGUGCUGGGAGACCCUGAAGUACGAGAGAAGCAGCGGAGCCGUGAGAGCCUGAUCUCUGACACGGUGAAGUACGAAAGCGGCCCUGACGGAGGAGAGGAAGUGAGUAUGAGCGUGGAGUGGAACGGGGACGGCUCGGGCUCGCUGAAGCGUAGUGGUUCCUUUAGUAAACUGCGGGCCUCUAUCCGGCGCAGCAGUGAGAAACUGGUCCGCAAGCUCAAAGGAGGCGGCUUACGAGAAAACGAACCUAAAAAUCCUGGCAUGAAGAGGGCCAGCUCUCUUGGAGUCCUCAACGAACCGGAUAAACCUGUGGCUGAACUCCAAGAACGAAAUAAUCGUCUGAGGAAGUCGCGAGACCUGAGUUCCAGUCACACUGACCUGGCGCAUUGAAGGUCUGCUGUUGGACGUCCCGAUGAAGAGAGGUACUAAGAGGUCUCCUCAUCAGGCUGAAGUGGACUGUUUUUGACGGGACUACCUUCUCCAGGGGUUACUUUUGCUCUUGCGUCUCUGUAUACGUAUUUCAUUUCUGUUAGCUGUAGGAAUGACAACUGAUGUAAAAACUCAACCAGAACCAAAGUUCACCACAAAUUUGGAGAUUAUGAUGUUCUGCAAAGAUGAAAAUUUGACAAAAGAAAAUAGAUAUAGUUUUUCAGGCUCAGGUUGAGACUAGACUCUAAUGGCGACCGUGAUGCUAAAGUACUGAUUCAAUCAGACUUAUUCCCUUGAUAAAGAGAGAACUGCACCGUGUUUAUGAAGGCCUGUGUUUACAUGAGUGAUGGUUCAAUGAUGCACAUUUUCUUAUUGCUUUUGAAAAGUGGAAAGGGAUCUGGUUUAUAAUGAAAGAAAUAGGAAAAUGGUAAAAAGGAAAUCAUUUAAAGUGAAGAUCUGUACGGUUAAACUGUGGAUUUAAUCUCAGGACUGAAAGAACAGAUUCAUUAUGCAAAGUAACGCUGCACUUUGAACCAUUUCAGAGGAUAAUGUUACACUAUCAACCCUUUGCAUGUUACAGAACUAAAUUGUGGUGAUCACCUCAGUUUAACUGGUUACAUUUGGUUUAUUGAUGCUGUAAACUGAAUAUUACAUGUUUUCAUGACCAUAACAACAGGAAGUCUUUCUGUUAUUUUGAGGUAAAACGCUGGAGUUAUAAGCACUGCCACUCCAGAUAAAAAUGCACUGGAACAUGAAUUCUGCCCCCAGAUGUUUAACUACAGUACCUGUUUGAAAGCAGUGUGCGUUAUGAGUGCCUCAGGCAGGUUCUUACUAAUGAAUGUGGAAGUUAUUGAGUUUAUGAGUGUGACAGCAGAACAGUUUAAGCUCUGUACGGUCAAAUGUCGGUCACGAUUUUAUGAAGUAAAUAUGAAUACUGUGGUCUAAUAAUAGCCCAUUAUAUAUCAUUGUAUCAUGUCUUUGAUUUAUGCUAAUAUAGUGCACUGCUCAACUGGCCUUCUUGACUUUCUGUGUUCUCUGUAUCCAUGUAACUCUUUCUAUGGGUGUAAUAUAUAUUACGGUUUCAUGCAGUAAUCUUGUGUGUUUGUAUAUAAGUGUGUUUUCUCUGUAAAACGCAUAUUAAUGUCCUGCAUUGUGAUGAUGUGCAAUAGGGUGUUCUCACAUGCAAUGUUUUACUGACAAAAGCUGGAAUAUCUGCUCGGCUUGUGUUUCGGUUAUCUUUGUACUCUAAACAAAUAAAUAUAUGAUUUACAUUUUUCUACAAAGUAUACAGUUGUAUGUCACUUAUUUGAGUUUGUUACACACUUCUGGGACUAGAUGUGCCCUUCACAUGUUCAAAUCGGAUUUUCAGAUAGUUUACUGUAUGUUUUGCGGUUUUGACUGUUGAUCAGUUUGGUAUAUAUAUAUAUUUUUUAACAAGGUUACUGAUGUGGCACUCACACUCAGAUUUUUAACGUUCAAUCCAUAUGCAGUUGCAUUGUUUUUGUUCAUUUUCAUUACAUUUUGUAACCCUAAAUUGCUAAAUAUACACUCGGAAGAGGGAAUAUAGCAUUAAAGAUUGAGGAAAAACCUGUGUGUAGUAUAAUAGCAGGGACUGUUGUGACCUGUGUGAUAUAACCCUGACCUAUUUAUUUUUGAGGUUGUUGUUGCAUUUCUACGGUCUGUCUCUGGCUUCUACCAUUUGUGAUCCUAAUGUUUUGUAUCAUGCUGUCAUACGUGUGUGUAUUUGUGUGUAUCUUCCUCUUUCUCAGGCUGCGCUGUGCUGGCUACACUUCAUUUGCUGCCAUGUUUGUGGUGAUGUGUGUUGCUCUGAAUAUCGUAUGGUAAAGUGUACAUACUUGAAUAAAGACAAGAGGAAGUACUCUACUUCUGGAAGA